GGCACAGCUUUAGUAUUAGUCCUUUUUGGCGAGAAAUUUGUUUGGCGACAUUUUGGAGUGAUAAAUGAAAAAUUAUGAUAACCUUGGUAUCCCUAAAUACUGAGCUUCAAACAUGCUGCCAUUUCUGUCCACGUAACUUUAACGAAUUUGAUAGGUAUCAGAGCUUUGAUGGCAGGAGGGAUAAAAUUGUGUGUUUUUCUUAAAGUUACUUUUGUGUUAGGCUGUAUGGACAGCAUUGGUAAAGAUUGUAAAGAACUGAAGCGACAUUAUGAAGCUUGUUUUAAUUCAUGGUAUUCUGAAAGUUUUUUAAAGAAUAAGAAUGGGGACAUGAGUAUUUGUGAACCACUUUUCCAAGAAUAUCAAAAAUGUUUAAAGAUUGCAAUAAAAAAGAACAACAUUCCACUAUGGGAAUUAGAAGGUGAAGCACUUAGCAAUGGAAAAAAAUCAGCUGAAAGUACAGAUGCUUCAUAGCAAGCAUGCUUUAAAAACAUGCAACAAAUGCUUAGUUGUGCAUAAAUGCAAAAUCACUCAUUUUUAAUGGUGCAAGCCUAAGUACAAGUUACUUCAUUUAUAGGUACUUUAUAUUUUAUGACUUGAUGCAAAGUAUGCACUGAAUUUUGCAACAAAUUAGGAAUAGUUGCUGGAAUUUAUUUGUUUCAUAAUUUAUUUAGUUUAUUUUUGUAUUUUAUUUCAUAUCCUACAAAUUUUUUCAUAUUUUAUACAUGUAUUUAAGAAUAAAUCGAAGUAAUAA